GAGAUUUGGGGAUAUAAAAUGAAGGAACUCUGUUAUGUAGCACUUCUAAGUUCAUGUCGUGAACGUCAUCAACUUCACGACACAUUAAUAAGCCUCUUGUUCUAACCACUGACAAACAAGAGAGAAUUUGUGUCUCACUCAAACGAAUUAUUCACACUCAUCUUUCUUGCUGGCACUUCUGCCGGUAGCGCAGCCAUGGCCGCGGACGAUCAGCGGGCGUUACAGUAUGAACAAACUUUGAUGUAUGGUCGCUACACCCAAGAGCUAGGGGUGUAUGCUAAAGAAGAGGCAGCUCGUCUGAGGGAGGAAAGCGGGCGGAGGCGCUCAAUCACAGAACGCUCCCGCUCCCUGGAACUCCUGGAGUAUGACAAGGGCCGCUGUGCCAAGUGUCGCAGGUCAGGGUAUCCCUACACUCAGGCUCCUCCCCAGGACUUUCUGUCUGUCUGUACGUUCCGUUGUCAGAAGUUCCUCAUCUCUCGUGUGGGUGAAGACUGGAUCUUCCUCAUCCUUCUGGGACUGUUCAUGGCUCUGGUCAGCUGGGUGAUGGACUACGCUAUUGCCAUCUGUCUAGAAGCACAGAAGUGGAUGUACGGGGGUCUGGAAAGUAAUGUGUUUCUUCAGUAUUUGGCCUGGGUCACUUACCCUGUGGUACUCAUCACCUUCUCAGCUGGCUUCACACAGAUACUAGCCCCACAAGCUGUGGGUUCAGGUAUCCCAGAGAUGAAGACCAUUCUGAGGGGUGUGGUGCUGAAGGAAUACCUUACCUUUAAAACCUUUGUGGCCAAAGUGAUCGGCCUCACCUGUGCCCUGGGCAGUGGCAUGCCUCUGGGAAAGGAGGGUCCGUUUGUGCACAUCGCCAGCCUAUGUGCUGCACUCCUUAGCAAGUUCAUGUCUCUUUUUGGAGGAAUAUACGAGAAUGAGUCAAGAAACAUUGAGAUGCUGGCUGCUGCCUGUGCUGUGGGGGUGGGCUGCUGUUUUGCUGCCCCUAUAGGAGGUGUGCUUUUCAGUAUUGAGGUAACAUCUACAUUCUUUGCGGUGAGGAACUACUGGAGAGGGUUUUUUGCUGCUACCUUCAGUGCCUUCAUCUUCAGAGUUCUGGCUGUGUGGAACAGAGACGAGGAGACCAUCACAGCUCUGUUUAAAACUCGUUUCCGUCUGGACUUCCCCUUCGACCUCCAGGAGCUCCCGGCCUUCGCUGUCAUUGGUAUUGCCAGUGGUUUUGCUGGGGCCUUGUUUGUCUACCUGAACAGACUUAUUGUUCAGUUCAUCAGGAAACAGAAGACCAUCAACAAGUUCCUCAUGAAGAAGCGACUGCUCUAUCCAGCUCUGGUCACUUUGCUGGUGUCAACGUUAACCUUUCCCCCUGGCUUUGGACAAUUCAUGGCAGGCAAGCUGACACAGAAGGAGUCCUUGGUGACGUUUUUUGACAACCAGACAUGGACCAAGCAAGGAAUAGCCAAGGAGUUUGAUUACACAGACAACUCUCAGGCCUGGAAAAACCCCCAAGUCAACGUCUUUGUCACCCUUGUUGUCUUCAUCGUCAUGAAGUUCUGGAUGUCUGCCCUGGCCACCACCAUUCCUGUGCCCUGUGGAGCCUUCAUGCCUGUGUUUGUCAUCGGUGCAGCAUUUGGCCGUCUUGUUGGAGAGAGCAUGGCAGCCUGGUUCCCUGAUGGCAUUCACAGUGAUGGCACCAUCUAUCCCAUAGUACCAGGAGGCUACGCCGUUGUGGGUGCAGCAGCCCUGUCUGGAGCGGUCACUCACACAGUGUCAACGGCGGUCAUUGUUUUUGAGUUAACCGGUCAGAUCAGCCACAUUUUGCCAGUGAUGAUAGCUGUGAUACUGGCCAAUGCUGUGGCCCAGUCCCUUCAGCCCUCGUUAUAUGACUCCAUCAUCAGGAUCAAGAAACUACCCUACCUCCCUGAGCUGGGCUGGGGACAUCAUGAGAAGUACAAUAUUCGUGUGGAGGAUAUCAUGAUCAGGGACGUGACGUAUAUCACCCUCAACUGCUGCUACAGAGACCUGCAUGAUGUUCUGCUGGCUGGACACCACUUGAAGACGCUAGCCCUGCUUGAGUCCAGUGAGUCAAUGAUCCUGCUGGGUUCUAUUGAGCGUGCCCAGCUCCAGGCUCUUCUCUCCCAGCAGCUAGGGCGACCCCGGAGGCUGGAAUACCUCAGGGAGCGGGCGGCAGCUGAGAAGAAACGCCAGUCUGUGGUGUCACACCUGAGCAGUGAGGAUGGAUCCACCAAAGUCAACCAGGAGGUUCGCUUUCAGAUCUCCACAGAGGAGUCUACAUUCAGCCCCAUCCACACUCCCUCCUUGAAGCCACUGAAGCCAGCCCUGAAGAGACCCUCUGUGGUGGACCGUCCUGCUGAAAUCCCCAUUCCCACAAGUCCCCAGGACCACUCUGGCAGCACCUUAAAGCACCUUUUCUGUGCCAACCCUGAGACAGAAGGCCUGGAGAAAAACAAUGUCCACAUCGACAUAGGGGGCACUGCAUCGAGCCCUGCGACUCCUGACCUCAGGAGGCCGCCCAAACGUGUCCGGAUUUCCGUUGUGGAUGAUGAUGUGGAGGAUGACAUGACCAUCAGAGAGAUUGCAGAGUGGGAGGAGAAUCAACUAGAUGAGCCGGUGAACUUCGAUAACUGCAAGAUUGACCCCGCCCCCUUCCAACUGGUGGAGCGCACCUCACUACAUAAGACCCACACCAUCUUCUCUUUGCUGGGAUUGGACCAUGCCUACGUCACCAGCAUCGGACGACUCAUUGGGGUGGUGUCCCUCAAAGAGUUGCGGAAGGCCAUCGAGGGCUCUGUGGAGGUGAAGGGGGUGAAGGUGCGCCCCCCUCUGGCCAGUUUCCGGGAUAGCGGCACCAGCAGCAGCAAUAGCGAAAAUGAAGCCACAGAGCUUCACAAGCUGUGGGACCGCCACAAGUCCAUGUCCCUCCCCAGGGAGCACCUGCCCUCCGACUCUGACGAGAAGUCCCAGUGAGGGGUCAGGUAGAAAAGAAUGGGGACGGGCAUGUUGGCGGGGAGAAGCGUAGAACCCCGCCGCCUCAACCAAUACUGCAACCUCAGGGCUUGGGUCCAUAUUUAAUUCUGGAGUAGAAAGUUCUCCCCUCAACCUCCUCUCCUAACCUUCCUGCCUCUCCCUCUCCCCUUUACCCAUCCUCCUCCCCCAUACACCCCCAGUGGGUCUUUGGGCCCUGCACUGAAUCCACAACACUGAAGGAGGAAGACCUCACCUCAAACUGGACCCUCCUCUCAACCAGGCCGGGGGGGGCCACAACAAGAGAGCUGUGUGGAGGGGAGGUUAAAAUGUCCCAGCUAAACAAAAUUUAUGGAAUAUGGUAGAACUGUAAAGGGAUUUUUAUUUUUGUUGCUUGGACUUGGGUAUUUCUCUCAGUUUGUAAGUAUUCUGGGGACCUGUAGAAAUGUUCACCAGUCUUCCAUAUACAGAAGGUUAAACAGAGAUAGGAAGAUGGUGUACCUGUGUGUAUGUUGGUGUGAGUGAUAGUGUAAGUGUAUGGACUGUGAGUUUAUGGAUAUAAUGGUUUGUUAGGUAACUGGACAGACGAAGUAGCAAAACCAACCAUUUAUUUUUCUUACUUUGUGAUUUUUAUUGUAUUAUCCAACACGUCAGCAGUUUUAUUCUGUCACCACCUUAGUGGAAUAUGUUCCACCUUAGAGACGAUAAACUGGAAAUGCAGGGUGGGUGGUUAGUAGAAAGAACACCCCCUGUACUGUAGCUAGUUCUCAUCUUGUCACUGUAGACAGAACCACAUACUGUACUGGGCUCCUAUUAGGAGACAUAAUUACAACUCUGUUUCUGUCUUUCUUCCUCUCUUAAUUUGUCUGUGUUGCAUUACUGAGUCUUGGUGAGUAAAUAGCCUACUCUAUGCAAACCAACAAAUGGUAUAUUUGAAAGAGCAUUUUAGGGUGGUGAAAGCACAUGUGCUGUGCACUCUUUUCUAAGAAUACUCGGACACACGUUUUCUCCAAAUAUAGCUCUUAAUAACCCUGACUCACUGUGUUUAGCUGGAGUGUACAGGAAGAGAGGGAGUGAGGAGAAGAGGAAGAAGUAGAGGGGAAGGAGUGAAGGUUGGAAAUUGAUUGGGUGGCUGAAAGAUGACAAAAUGAAAGCCUUUUUUCCUUAUCUAUGGUUUUACUUUAGGGGAGUGUAUUCAGUAGAACCUGACCUUUGCUUUUUACUUAUUUAUGUAUUUGCAUUAGUUUCUAGCUCAAUAUGAUGCAUGGUUUCCUUAAUCAUUUGAUUUUAUUUAACUAUUAAUGAGGACUUGCUUAGCAAUAGAAGCCCCAUUCUGCACAAACACGGUGUGAAGCUUCCAAUGAGAUUGCAUAAACUCCCUCACUGAAUUGUGGGUAACAAUGUCCUAUUAUGAAUCCUAUUGUUAGGGUGCAGACAAAUAUAUUGUCAUUAUACCUAACAUCUCUGGUUGUAGGUAUGGCUGCUACUUUUUUCCAUUCUCUCACUCACACACUCUCUCUGAUUGACAGGGGUCAUGUUGUUGUUUAUUUUUUAAUCUUCGUUGUAAUUCUUGUACUGAGCAGAGUCACUUACUGUGCCAAACACUCCUACCUUCAGUCGUUGUUUUGAUUUGACUGUUGUUGCUAAUGUUUUAUCUGUCAGCGACGUCAGGUGUCUUCUAUUAUAUGCAAGCUCUGACUGUGGUUGUAAGGCACGUAGAUGUCUUAUUCAGUGCCACACUGAACAAAGUACACGCACACACUUCCGCCAAUUGGAGGUGUUAUUGCAUGACAAGCUUUUAUUUACAGUAGCCUCGCCCACUGAAAAGAAAACAAACACAUUUAUGUUGUCACAGAAUAGUGUGCCCUUCCUGAUAUGCAUAGGGUCUGGUACUGACACUCACAACCCUAUUUGAACGCAUGGCCUUGCUAAAAGCAGCGCACGUGACAUUAACGGUAUGACCAAAAUAGAUCAAACAAGAAAUAUGGGAAAUAUAUGCUGUGCAAAACGUUAAUGGACAAUGUCAUUAUGAUGAUGGAUAUUUAGUUGUCAUGAGUAUUUUUCUUAUGAGUAUUUUGUGUCUUUCCUAUAUGAAUUCAUUUGGAUCAUUAAGUUAAGUAUGAUUGGCUUUGAUAAUUCAUCCGACGAACUUUGAUCAUGGCUUACUUUCGAAAAUAGGGACAGGGCUUUUAGGCCAUGUGUGGAUUUUAAACUUUGCUAUAGGGUUAUAGAUUUAAUAUAUUUAACAUAUCAUAGCGUUUUUGUAUAAUCAUUCAUCUCAUCAAUUUAUCUGUCACUGCGCACUGUCCAUUUUCUCUUCCUUAAAUGUUUUAUUAAGUUGUGUAUUGCUCCUCUAUAUCUGAUCAUAUUAAAUGCCUUUUCAGCCUCA